AUGGAGACUGUAAAGUCUCGGAUUACUAGUCAAGUCAAAGCAGCUAAUGGUUUUUUGGACGUUGAAAUUUGUAAUUAUGGCAAAACGGACUACUCAGGGAAUGUAAGACUGUACGAUUACCGGGAUAUCCCCAAUUUCUUGAGUGGGAAUCCCUUUAUUUUGAGAGGAUACAGAGCGAACCUUCCCAUAUCAACAUGUAUCAGAAGUUUAUUUAUGUGGAGCAACGAAACAAUCAAUAUAUGGUCACAUUUGUUAGGAUUUUUGUUAUUUUUUUGUUUAAUGAUAAACGAUUUAGUUUUUACCCUACCGAGCUAUAAAACUCAUGUUACAGACUAUAUUGUUAUAACAUUUGGAUUGUUGUGUUUUCAAUAUUGUAUGUUAUGUUCAACUGGAUAUCAUAUUUUUAACUGUCAUUCAGAAAAAUGUUGUCAAUGGUGGCUUGGUAUUGAUAUGGCAGGUAUAUCAGUGGGUGUUAUUGGAUGUUAUAUACCAGCGUUAUACUAUGCAUAUUACUGUAUCACAAUAUGGAGAGAUAUUUACAUGUUUACAAUCGCAGUGCUAACUUUAGGUACUCUUAUCCUUCAACGUGAACCAGAAUUUAAAACAAGACGUUGGUUUAAAAUACGAGUGCUAAUUUACAUAGCGUUAACGGCGAUUGGUGUAAUACCCACAAUUCAUUGGAUAUAUCUUAACGAUGGUUUCAACGCUUUCAUAGUUCAGUUAUUUAUUCCCAAAAUUAUUGUGUUAUAUUUAUUAGGGAUGGUAGCUUUAACAUUUUAUUUAUCUAAGUUUCCAGAGCGUUAUUAUCCUGGCACGUUCGAUAUGAUUGGAUCUAGUCAUCAAUGUUGGCAUUUUGUUGUUGUUUUAGCGUUUAUUUGGUGUUAUUAUUCUGGACAAGAAAUUCUGUUAUAUAGAAUUCACAACACCUGUAUUUUAUGA